AUGAUCACACAAAAGAAAAUAAGAAACCAACCCUCGGACCGUUGGCCGAGAGUCUCGAUCGACAACAAAGCGACUUUUCACCAUCUGCGGGAAACACAACAGCACAAUCAAUUAACUCUCGGCACAGACCGACCGAUGGUGGCCGUUAUGUUAAUAUUAAAUGCAAGGCAAGGCAAGGCGAGGCAACAACUUCCCUUACGGGCAACGCCUUACGUCGCACGCUGCAAGAACAAGUUUUAA